AUCGGAGGCUAAUAAUGGCCCGAGCCAAGCGCCACCUUAUCCAGGUGUACCGCCCUCAGGGAUGCCUCCCCCCUUUAUGGGACCACCUGGAAUACCGCCUCAUUUCCCUCCCAUGGGAAUGCCUCCUAUGGGACAGCGACCUCCCAGCAUGACCCCGAUGCCUCCUGGUAUAAUUCCCCCUGGUAUGAUGCCGCCAAUGGGGGCACCCCCAAUGGGACAGAUGCCAGGCAUGAUGCCACCGAUGAUGCCAGGGAUGAUGAUGCCCCCUCGCAUGCCAGCUGCGGCUGUACAACCGACGGGACCGCCCGGUGUUGAAUCCACAGCUGCUGCACCUGGAACAACUAGUGCCACGAAUGGAUCUCCACAGGAAGAACAGCCAAAGAAGAAGUCCCUGUGGACCGAACACAAAUCACUGGAUGGAAAGACCUAUUAUUACAAUACAGAGACCAAGCAGUCCACAUGGGAGAAACCAGAAGAACUCAAAUCUCCUGCAGAACAAAUGCUGUCUAAAUGUCCUUGGAAAGAGUAUAAGUCAGACACAGGGAAGCCUUAUUAUUACAACUCUCAGACGAAGGAGUCCAGAUGGACGAAACCCAAAGAGCUGGAGGAUCUGGAAGCCAUGAUCAAAGCAGAGGAGAACGGAACGGUAGAAGCAGCGGCUCCCAACUCCGCCUUAGCUCCUGCUGUGCAAGCAGAUACCACAGCCACUAUGGCGACCGUAAUGGAGGCAGAAACUGCAACAGCGGUCUCAGAGGAACACCUGUCCCAGGCGGCCGUGCAUCACACAGCUGAGACCGCAGAAGCACCUGUGGCUUCAGCAGAGAGCACAGUCGCCACAGAGGCUAUAGCCAGUAUUGAAGUCCCAAAAGAAGAGCGGCCAGAACUUCAGAAGAAGACUUACAAAUGGAACACGAAAGAGGAGGCCAAGCAAGCUUUCAAAGAGCUGCUGAAGGAGAAGGGUGUGUCCUCAAACUCCUCUUGGGAACAGGCCAUGAAAAUGAUCAUCAAUGAUCCUCGCUAUAGCGCACUCCCCAAGCUGAGUGAGAAGAAGCAGGCAUUUAAUGCCUACAAAGUCCAAACGGAGAAGGAAGAAAAGGAGGAAGCCAGAAUUAAGUACAAGGAGUCAAAAGAAACCUUUCAGCGGUUCUUGGAGAACCAUGAGAAGAUGACAUCUACCACCAGAUACAAGAAAGCAGAACAGAUGUUUAGUGAGCAGGAGGUGUGGAGCUGCGUUCCAGAGAGGGACAGGCUGGAGAUCUAUGAAGAUGUGCUGUUCUACCUAGCUAAGAAAGAGAAGGAACAAGCCAAGCAGCUGAGGAAGAGGAACUGGGAAGCUCUGAAGAACAUUCUUGACAACAUGGCCAACGUCACCUACCGCACCACCUGGUCAGAGGCCCAGCAGUACCUGCUAGAUAACCCCACCUUUGCAGAAGAUGAGGAGCUACAGAAUAUGGACAAAGAGGAUGCCCUCAUUUGUUUUGAGGAGCACAUCCGGGCACUGGAGAAGGAAGAGGAGGAAGAGAAACAGAAGACUCUUCUCAGGGAGAGGAGAAGACAACGCAAGAACAGAGAGGCCUUCCAGAAAUUUCUUGAUGAGCUCCACGACCACGGCCAGCUUCACUCCAUGUCUGCCUGGAUGGAGAUGUACCCGACCCUGAGCUCAGACAUCCGCUUUGCCAACAUGCUGGGACAGCCGGUGUAUGGUGUGUAUUCUGCAGGUUCCACCCCCCUUGAUCUGUUCAAAUUCUAUGUGGAGGACUUAAAAGCCCGCUACCAUGAUGAAAAGAGGAUCAUUAAAGAUAUUCUUAAGGAUAAAGGCUUCCUGGUUGAAGUGAACACCAGCUUUGAUGACUUUGGAUCAGUCAUCAGCUCAGAUAAGAGAGCCACUACACUGGAUGCAGGAAACAUAAAGCUGGCCUUCAACAGUUUACUGGAGAAGGCUGAAGCCAGAGAGAGAGAGCGAGAGAAGGAGGAGGCGAGGAAGAUGAAAAGGAAAGAAGCGGCCUUCAAGAACAUGCUGAAGCAGGCCACACCACCGCUGGAGCCAGAGACUACAUGGGAGGGAGUCAGAGAGAGAUUCUUAAAGGAGUCUGCCUUCGAAGACGUAACCCUGGAGUCAGAGAGGAAACGGAUAUUCAAAGACUUCAUGCAUGUCUUGGAGCAUGAAUGCCAACAUCACCACUCCAAGACAAAGAAGCACUCAAAGAAGUCUAAGAAGCAUCACAGGAAACGAUCCCGCUCUCGAUCAGGCUCAGAGUCUGAGGAUGAGGAAUACCACAAGAAGAAAAAGAGGUCGCAGUCCAAAUCUCCUUCUGAACGCUCCUCCAGUGGAGAAUCUGAGAGAAGCUAUAAGAAAUCCAAGAAGCACAAGAAGAAGGGAAAGAAGAGACGCCACAAGUCUGCAUCACCAGACACUGACAACGAGAAGAAAGGAAGAGAGCGUGAUGGAAAGCGUGAAAAGGACCUAGAGAAAGAUAAAGAGAACGACAAGUCUCGGGGGAAAUCUCGCUCCGACUCUAAACAGAAGUCUCCUAAAAGGAAAGCGGCCAAAGAAGAGGGUGGCUGGGAUACGUCGGGCAGUGAGCUGAGUGAGGGAGAGCUGGAGAAAAGAAGAAGAACUUUACUGGAACAGCUGGAUGCACCUUGAUCGCACAUCUGCUGCCAUUUUAUUGUCGAUGUACACUUCAACAAACAUGCAUUCCCUUUCCAGCUCAUCUGAUUUUACUGUUCACGCCUCCUGUGACGGACUUUAUGGGAUGAUGCCUUCCUCUGGUAUUUAUGGGAAAAUGCUACACUGAACUUACACACUUAUUUGUGACUAAUUCGGUAUCAGGAAACUGAUCAGCUGAUCUGUUGUUUAAUGUCAGUUUGCCCUUUUUUGCUUUUGUUAGCUUCAAAUAUUUUUUAGUUGACUGUAGUUAUACAUGUUUUCCAUUACCAAUAUUUUUUGUACUCGAUUAAAAGCAUAUCUUAAUGUCACAAUGACUGUCCGUUACCUUCAAAAGUAGCAUAAACAAGGAAUGUGCUUCAGGGAAACAGACGUGUCUUAUGAUAAUGGAAAAUACUUCUGAUUUGAUCCACAGUAACUUAACUGCAGCUGUAUCCUCAAGGAAUGAUCCAGGUUUUAAUUCGAGCAUUUGUUAAAAUUGUCAUACUGUAGUUAAAUGUAAUAAAAUACUGUUUCGGUGGA